AUGCAAAUCUUUACUCUUGUUGUCUCUAUCCUCAACUUUCUUGGGAUUGUCCAAGGCGCUGGAAGUGCAAUCAAAGGCACGGGUUCAACCACUCGUCAGUGGUCUUGUUGCAAGAACUCUUGCUCCUGGCCAGGAAAAGCUCUUGUUGACAAGCCCGUAUUGACAUGCGAUGCAAGCGACAAUCUUCUCGACAACUACAAUAGACGUGAUGGCUGUGAGAGUGGCGGUGGCUCAUAUGCUUGCUCGGACCUCAGCCCUUUCGCUGUGAGCAACGAUCUGGCGUAUGGCUUCGCCGCAGUCAACCUUGCGGCUUCGAAUGAGUCUGCCUGGUGCUGCUCUUGCUACUCCCUGACAUUCACCUCCGGUCCGGUCAACGGGAAGAAGAUGGUGGUCCAAGUUACCAAUACUGGAUCCGAUCUUGGGGAAGACCAGUUCAACAUAGCUAUCCCCGGUGGCGGCGAAGGUGCUAUCCGGGGAUGCACAAAGCAGUAUGGUGGGCAAGACGUCUGGGGCGAAGACUUUGGUGGCGUAGCGCACAGAGACGAUUGCGAAGCUCUUCCCACUGCUCUGCAGGCCGGCUGUUAUUGGCGCUUCGACUGGUUUCGAGCAGCCGACAAUCCAACCAUCAAUUGGGAGAAGGUGACUUGUCCUGAGGCUCUGUCGUCAACUUCUGGCUGCAGACGUAAUGACGAUCCAAUUCCAGGGCAGAACACUCCGUCACCGACACCUACGACAUCUGCUCCGAUAUCUUCUGGUACUGUACAGCCUGGGGGCCAGUGUGGUGGAAGAACUUACAAAGGCCCCACCCGAUGCGUAGGAGGCACGGUCUGUACCUACGUCGAUGAGAACUCAUACUACUGCCUUGCAGAUCCAGCCAGUACACGGACGACACUGACGACGACAACAUCGGCUAGUGCCAUGCCGGCAAUUGGUCUACCAUACGAUCGUUGUGGAGGAAACGGAUGGACCGGCCCUACGACGUGCAAAGAUUCUGUGGUACUCACAAUGCCAACCACCAGUUUCAUCGCAGAAAUCGUCAAGCUCGCGGCCUCAGACUACCGCUAA